AUGCUGGGCCUUUCAACGGCCCUUCUCCGGGACCCGUUCCAUUUGGUUCUAGUGGCGUUGUGCGUCGUUGGUAUUUUCCUAGCAACUAUAUUUGUCCUUGCGUUCAAGCCGAAAGGCAAGUCUUCAGGGGAACAAAAUACUUUCCAAGCCUACUUGAAGUUUUUCUAUGCCUGCUUUGUCAAGCCACAUACCGGCGAUGGCACAGGCAAUCAGCAAGACGCUUUAGAAAGCUUCUACAAAGCGCAAGCGGACGUCUAUGAUGCUACACGUAAAAGGCUUCUUAAGGGUCGGGAAGAUAUGUUGGGAGUAGUCGCGGCGCAGCUCAAGCAUCGCGCCGACGCUGGGCUGAUUUCUCAAAGACCUGUUUGGGUAGAUAUUGGUGGCGGAACUGGCCACAGUGUUGAGCAAAUGGGAGAAUUUCUUCCCGUACAGGAUUUCUUCCGGGCAGUUUAUAUCGUUGAUCUUUCCCCAAGCCUGUGCGAAAUGGCAAAGGAGCGCUUUCAACGCCUGGGCUGGACAAACGUCAAAGUCAUCUGCCAAGAUGCCCGGGCAUUCCGUCUCCACGAGCAUGAACAUGAAGCACACGAACGCAAAGAACGUAUUCUCCAGGGUCAGCCUGUCCGCGACCUCGACGAAAAUGCCGAUGCUGGCGGCGCCGAGCUGGUCACUAUGAGCUAUGCGCUUUCUAUGAUUCCCGAGUUCUACCCGGUUAUUGACUCUAUUGCGUCUCUGCUGUCUCCGAAUGGUGUUGUAGGAGUCUGUGAUUUCUACGUGCAGAAUCAGGUUGAUUACCAAACUCGCAAUUAUACAGGCGGUGUUAUUGAUCGCCAUUGUGUGUGGGUCUCGAGAGUGUUCUGGCGCACGUGGUUUGAAAUUGAUAGGGUGAACCUCGAGGCUGCGCGAAGAGACUAUCUCGAGUAUCGCUUCGGUACAGUCCUCAGCAUUAACGCCCGGAAUACUUUUUUCGGUGUUAAACUGCCUUACUACAUUUGGAUAGGAUGUUCAAAAGAUAACGGUGCAUCGACCGCAAAGCUCGCUGAAAUCGAUGCUGCUGCGACUGAGUCUCCUUACCUCUCUGCUCUGGACUUACAGACAGGUCCUACGCCUGCGGAUGUUGAGAUUCGAUCGAAGGCAUACGAGUCUGCUAUCGUCAACCUGCAGUCUAGCCUCCCUCUUCCAGCGACGUGGUACCAAAACCACCACUGGAGAAUCCACUACGACGAAACUCUCGAGAAGCACAAACGCUUCAACAACUGCUACAUCUACGCCUUUACAUGGGAAGACGACCGCGCCGAUGCACGGCUUCUCAAAGUACAGGCCGACGAUGUCAUUCUUGCUAUCACUAGUGCUGGGGACAACAUCUUAUCCUUCGCUCUUGACAACCCUCGACGAAUUCAUGCUGUAGAUCUCAAUCCCAGUCAAAACCACCUCCUGGAACUCAAAGUCGCCGCAUUCACUGCUCUAGGUUACUCUGAUGUCUGGAAGCUCUUCGGCGAAGGUCGCCACACCGACUUUCGCUCUAUCCUCAUUAACAAACUCAGUCCACACAUGUCUAGUCUCGCGUUCCAGUACUGGCUGCAGAACGGACCCUCGGCGUUUGAAAAGCAAGGCCUGUACUACUCUGGCGGAUCAGGUAACGCCAUCCAACUCGUCGGCUGGCUAUUCUGUGUGCUCGGCCUAUCCAAAGAAGUCAAGAAACUGUGUGCUGCACAGACACUCGCCGAACAGCGAGAGAUCUGGAGACGCAGUAUCAAGAACGUCCUCCACAGCCGAAUCCUCACAUGGACGAUUAUCGGAAACGAGAAGUGGCUGUGGAAAGCCCUCGGCGUGCCGCCGGCCCAACGCAAUAUGAUCGAAGCCGACUAUCUUCGAAACGACGAGCCCGGUGCAUCUGCGUCGGGCCCAAGCAGCUCCAGCUCUCGCGGAGGCCACGCGGUGUACGAAUAUGUACUUAACACCUUCGAGCCAGUCGUCAACUCUACCUUGCUUUCGACUUCAAACCACUACUAUCUACUCACGCUCCUGGGGCACUACACACCGACUUCGCACCCCACCUACCUCUCACCCAAAUCCCACAUCAAGCUUUCCAAACCCUCCGCAUUCAACGGCCUGCGUAUCCAUACAGAUGAAAUCAGCGAAGUUAUCGCGCGCAUGCGUCCGGGGACAUUGACGAUCGUCGUCGUCAUGGACUCUAUGGACUGGUUUCCGCCAGAGGGGAAGCAAGCAAUUAAACAGAUCCGCGCGCUGAAUCGCGCGUUGAAGAUGAAGGGACGUGUGAUGUUAAGGAGUGCAGGACUGAGGCCGUGGUAUGUGGAGACGUUUGAGGCGUGUGGGUUUGAGGCUAAGAGGGUUGCGGUGAGAGUUCCGGGGAGUUGUAUUGAUCGGGUUAAUAUGUACGCGAGUACAUGGAUCUGUACGAAGGAGACGAGCAUCGAGCAAGAAGACGUAAAACUGCAUUUUCGAAAAAGCUCUAUGGUGGAGUUGAAGAUUUAG